AUGUCUGAUUUCGAAGAUAACGCAUUCAAUGAAGGUGUUGAAAACUUCGACGAUUUCGAUCAACCUGAACACUUUUCCGAUGAUGAUUUCGCCGAACCAGAAACCAAUGGAAGAGAACCCGAAAUAAAAACUGAAGAUGGCAGAACUAUAGUGAACGGUGGUUUGGGACCAGAUGAUGCUAUGGCAGGACAACCAAGACAAAAGACCACAAAAGAAUUGGCUAUUCCUAAAGAAAAGAGAACUACUACUCCAUAUAUGACUAAAUAUGAAAGAGCGAGAAUAUUGGGAACUAGAGCAUUACAGAUUUCUCUUAAUGCUCCUGUUUUGGUUGAUAUUGAAGGUGAAACAGAUCCUUUACAAAUUGCCAUGAAAGAAUUAGCACAAAGAAAGAUUCCUUUGGUGAUUAGAAGAUAUUUACCUGAUGGAUCUUAUGAAGAUUGGGGUUGUGAUGAAUUGAUUGUCGAUCAAUAG